AGCACUAUAAAUACGUGGAGGGCUACAUAGUCGGAGAAUGUGCUGCAGAACUCAGAAGCCAUUUUGGGAUGAUGUCCCUGUUGAGAAAUCCUAUGAAGAUGCUGAAAUCAACGAACAUGGUUACAUUUCUGUCUGUUCCUCCCUCCGUCUCCUCUCUUUCACCAUGGCAGCUGUCAACCGACGGGACAUUAGCAAAGCGGGGUAUCAAGCUGUGCUCACAGAGUUAAAACGUCAUUGAUAUGAAAGAGGAGGGUGUCUGUUCACUGUCUCUGUCGAGACAUGUAACACCGUGAGUUUUUUCCAGUCUCAAAUCUUCCAGCAUCUCUCACAACCCAACGUCUCCUUUGAGUGACUGAUUAAUUCACUCUUGUGCCGGAGAGAGAAGGGAGGCAGAUCCGUUUUCCAAUGGCUUCUGUGAGCCUUGUUUCCAGUCCCCCAGCCCCCGUUCUUGACAAAAACAUGACAGACUCUGAGCUUGCAGGGGAUGAAAGAGAGGACGGCGAAUUGGAAGAUGGAGAAAUAGAUGAUGAAGGCAUUGGAAUUGAGGAGGAAAACAAAGAAGUUGCAGAGGUAAUUGAAGACAAAGAGAACGGGAAGGAAAAGGAGAAAGAAAAGGAGAAAACAAAAGAGAAAGAAGAAAAGACUCACAGGCACUCCAGGAAAAGAUCUAAGAAGACCAGAGAGAAGAGGAGGUCUAAAAGGAGGAGGCGUGAUAGACAGAAGCACCACUCGCCUUCUAGCAGCUCCAGUUCUGACAGUUACGACUCAGACUAUGACCGACUAGAAAGACCCAAACACAGGAAGAGCCAAGGAUCUGGGCGCGACAACGACGGCCAGUCCUCUCAGCAUGGGUGGGAUUCAAAGGGAAGCCAUAGCAACACACGCAAGUCUCCGCCUCAAAAGAGCGGUGACUUUGAAAAAUACAGUGACUACAGUGAGGACAAGUUUGACUAUGAUGAAGAGGAGGAUGAUUACGAAGUUGAUGAGUAUCAGUCAAAAGGCUCAGCCUCCCCAAGUCAAGGAAGGGGGCGCCAUGUUAAAGACCACAUGAAGAGAGGAAGCAUGAGAGGGAUGAAGCAACAACAGUUUGGGCAGAGGGGAAGAGGCAGAGGCAGUGGACCGGGAAGGGGACGUGGGAUGCAGAAGAUGAACAAGAAGAUGAAGGGCAAACCAUGGGGAGGACGUGGACGAGGUCGGGCAGGAGACCAGGGCAUGGAAGACAUGGAGGGAAAACAUUCUGGCUAUCAGAAGAAGCGACCAAUUAUGAGCAAAGAGUUUAUUAAUCAGCACACAGUUGAGCACAAUGGUCGAUACAUCUGCAAGUAUUUUUUGGAAGGUCGAUGCAUCAAGGGGGAACAGUGCAAGUUUGAACACGAGCUUGUUAUACCAGAUAAGAAAAAGGAGCUUUGUAAAUUUUACCUCCAGGGAUACUGCAGCAAAGGAGAUAACUGCAUUUACAUGCACAAUGAAUAUCCGUGUAAGUUCUUUCAUACUGGAGCCAAGUGUUAUCAAGGGGACAACUGCAAGUUCUCCCAUGAGGCUUUGACUGAUGUGACCAAAGAGCUGCUUGAUAAGAUAAUUAAUACGGAGGAGGAGAUCGCCCGUGAAGACGAGUUGGAGCUGGAGGAUUUGAGGAAGCAGGGUAUCGCCCCACUACCUAAGCCUCCACCAGGGGUGGGCCUGCUGCCCACUCCUGGUCAGAGCAGCCCCUCCGAUGGCCAUGGGGGAAAGAAGAUCCCCUCGCUCUUUGAAAUCAAGGUUAAACCUACGGUGGACUUGGCGCACAAAAUUGCUUUGGGUGGCUCCAACUACUCACAGAAUCAAGGUGAGGGCACCAGUCAGUUUAGUGGUGGCUCAGAGGAGAUGCAGAGUGGAGCCAUGCUGCAUUCAGGCCCUUCCGGUGCUUCUGUUCCUCCUCCUGGAUCGCCUGGUUCCAUGGGGCAUCUGAGCGGCCCACCUAUGCCUCAGAGCCCCUCUGGACAGAACACACCACACGGAUUUCCAAUGCAGCCACCAGUUUCUUCUGGUCAGCCCUUCAAUGGAAGUAGACCUAAUAUGAAUAUGCAGAGGCCACCCCCUCCUGGGCCAGAUCUACAGAUGCUGCAAAAUAUUAUUCCUUUUUCAUCGUCUGGUCAGAAUUCAGCAGAGCUCUUCAGCAGCUUCCUUCGGAACCAACUCACAGGCCAGCAAGGAGGAGAUUCUGGUGCGGGUUUUAUGCAGAACUUCCAGCAGCACAUGGGUGCAGAGGCACAGUUGCAGUCCUUACCACCAGCAGUGCAGAAAGCCAUCUUAUUACACUUGACACAGCAACAACAAGAGUCACAGGCACCGGGGACUGAGCCACAGAGGGCAGAGAUUCAGGAUGAUAACAAAGCCAGCAGAGAUGAAACUACAAGCUGGUACUCCAGUGAUGAGGAAGAUGGAAGCUGUGUUGCUUCCCUCCUUAAAUCUCUAAAACAGCACAGAGAGACGCACCAAUCUCACUCCAGCACCCAACAGGCUUCCACCAUGGCUCUACCACUGGGGGACCCAAGACUAGUGAAGGACAGGGCCCCAGCCAGCGACCCGCGUGUGAAGCCAGACGCUCCACACAGACCCUGCGAGGUGAAAAGCGAGGCAGCUGCAGAUCCCCGGCUCUCCAGGGACCCCAGGAAGAUGAGGCCAGUGGAGCCGAGUUCCUCUCGUCAGCAAGCCCACCCUGCUCCUCAGAGGCCUUCUGCAGCGGAGGAGGAGGACGAAGGGGAAAGGGAGCUCAGAGACAGAGCCGUUCCCAUACCGCUUGACGCCAGCCCCGGUGCGGUGCUGCGAGACCCUCGUUGCCAGUUAAAGCAGUUCAGCCACAUUCGUGUGGACAUCCUGCUCCAACGGCCUGCCUUUGCUCAGACUGUUGUGUGGGCCCCUGAGGACCUCAUUCCCUCCCUGGUGCCCAAACAAGAACACUCCAUCAAUCUGCCCCUUCCGCCACUAAUUGCUGAUGCGCAAAUGAACCGAGCAAACCAGCCCGACCACCCCCCCGUCUCUAGUCCCCCACUAUCUGACCCCAGACUGGCAGCUGCACGUUUGAAGGAACGUAUGAGUCGAGUGACCUCUGGGUGUCUAGAAUCUCGAUCCUCCUCUGACAGACCAGUCGAUCCCCGCCAGCAAAAGACUCUGGAUCCCAGACUUAAGCGUACAGGAAGCCUGGACUCUAGGCUUCUUGGGCAAAAAGAGGCCCCCUCUGGGGGUGGAGUUGUUGACCCCAGACUACACAAGUCCAGUUCAGCUUCCCAUUCUGCUCGAGCAAAGCCAGAGCCUGAGAGACUGCCACCAUAUGCCCCUCGUCUGGCAUCUUCAGGUGGCGGGUUGGAAAGUCCCACUACAAUACUUGGGGGCAUCAGUCUGUACGAUCCACGUUCUCAAACAGAGCAGGCUCAGAAAGCGCAUGAAGAGCCUCCUAAGAAGGGUGGGAUUCUGAAACACCCUGCUAAGAAAGACACUACACGGUCGCCAACACUUUCACCAACACAGUCUUCUGAAGAACCCAAAAGCACAGACAUUGCCUCAGAUGAGGUCCCACCUCCCGGUUCCCCCACAAAACCUCCAAUCUCACCUGUUAAACCACCUGCCGUUCACAACCUCCCCAUCCAGGCACUAGCUGGGUUAAUCCGACCACAGUACAGUGACCCCAGGCAGGCCAAAACGGGAGGCCAGGGCUCUGCUGGAGCACAGGAGGAGGCAGAGGAGAAGAAGGAGCAGGAGGAGGAACCAAAACAAGAGUCUGAGGAGGAGGAAGAUGACAGAACACUUAAAGAUGUGUUCAAAACAUUUGAUCCCACUGCUUCCCCUUUUUGUCAGUAGACAUGAAACGUUGCAUUAGCAAAGUAGUAAAGUAGUUAGCAAAGUAGUGUUUGUUAAUGUUUAUUCAGCUUUACAUGAGUCUAUUUAUUUCUGUAAAUAAAUUAUCCUGUAUAAAAUAUUAUAGCUACACACAUUUCAUUGUGGGGAUAGAAGAAGAGGUUGAAUGGACAGAUAGGUCACACAUAUGAUACAUGUGCACAUAUAUUCAUGCAGUGUUGUAGUAAGAUCUUUUAUCAUUGUGUUCUGAGUGACCAGAAGCAAUGUUACUUACGGACUGACUCAUGUAUUGUUCCUUUAACUCAGCCACUGUUAUACAAAUCCCCUUGGCUAGGGUUUUAUGUCUACAUGUAAGAAACCUUUAUGUUUGUACUCACUUUUAUAUUAAGGGAUUUUUUUCAUAUGGAGUCAGCAGACGUUUUCGUACACAUUUCUACUACACCCAGACUGGAGUUUGUGACAUGUGGCUCACAUGUCCGUGUGCUGGAGUUCAGAUGGCAGGUGUCUGUUCAUCCGUUCUUUAUCGACAGCUGUUCCAUUUGACAUGUUUCAAAAUAAAGCUCUGUACCGUGCAACGAGCAUCAGAACAGAACACCUCCUGCUUGUAUCAGAUCCCAUGUUUUUGUACACUGUUGGACUGUUUUCACUUUAAGUGGCUUAAAUACGAAAAGAAGAAUGUUACGUUGUAAUGGUGCGGUAAGAACACUCACCCUCUAAAUCGCUCAUAAGCAACAUUUCAUUUGUCUAUUUUCAAAACAAAUAUUAAAUAUGAAACUGCUGGUAGAUUACAUGUGUGUUACCACUUUUACUAGGAAGUUCAUUCUUAUUGGACUUUUCUGUGUCUUUAAACUAAGUUACUCCUUUUGGCUGAAAUUAAGCUGUUUUGGAUUUUUAUUGAUUUUUGUAAUUCAUUGUAAAUUCUUUUAUAUCACGUACAGUGUGUUUUUGAGUGUUAUAAUGAAUAAUGUUUUGUUUUUGACAGUCGGUGGUUAUUGGUUGUAAUAAUACUGUAUAACAUUUUAAUAACACAUAUUUCCAUCAUAUUUCUGUGAUUUUAUUAUGAAUAUGUGAAAUAAAGAUGAAAAAUAUCAACAAUUUUA